AACCCCCUGAAUUGACCACCGUAGGCAUUCCUGAUGCCCACACUUUCUGCCCCGGAACCUUGGCACCCAGUGUUUCCUCUACAGACCUCGUAUUUUCAGGCCUCCUCUCUCCCUGCUGUGUCGCUGGAGCUCAGGACAGUGCCUAGUACAUACUUGGCAGGCUCUGUAAAUUUUGGACCCUAACUGUUGCUAGUGGUGGAAUUGUACCUUGUCACCCGGAACCCCAUGCAGCCAGAACCCAGGCCUAGCAGGGCGCCCCGCAGCAGCCAGUUCCUGCCCCUGUCGUCAAAGUGCCCCGAGGGGGCAGGGGAUGCAGUGAUGUAUGCCUCCACAGAGUGCAAGGCCGAGGUGACACCCUCCCAGGAUGGCAACCGCACCUUCAGCUACACGCUAGAGGACCACACUAAGCAGGCCUUUGGCAUCAUGAACGAGCUUCGGCUGAGUCAGCAGCUCUGUGAUGUGACCCUGCAGGUCAAAUACGAGGACAUCCCUGCUGCCAAAUUCAUGGCUCACAAAGUGGUGCUGGCCUCUUCCAGCCCGGUCUUUAAGGCCAUGUUCACCAAUGGGCUUCGGGAGCAGGGAAUGGAGGUGGUGUCCAUCGAAGGCAUCCACCCUAAGGUCAUGGAGAGGCUUAUUGAGUUUGCCUACACGGCCUCCAUCUCUGUGGGCGAGAAGUGUGUGCUGCACGUGAUGAAUGGGGCACUAAUGUAUCAGAUUGACAGCGUGGUCCGAGCCUGCAGCGACUUCCUCGUGCAACAGCUGGACCCCAGCAACGCCAUUGGCAUCGCCAACUUCGCUGAGCAGAUUGGCUGCACCGAACUUCACCAGCGUGCCAGGGAGUAUAUCUACAUGCACUUUGGGGAGGUGGCCAAGCAGGAGGAAUUCUUCAACCUGUCGCACUGCCAGUUGGCCACGCUCAUCAGCCGUGAUGAUCUGAACGUGCGCUGCGAGUCGGAAGUGUUCCACGCGUGCAUCGACUGGGUCAAGUACGACUGCCCACAGCGGCGCUUCUACGUGCAGGCACUGCUGCGGGCUGUGCGCUGCCACGCGCUCACGCCGCGCUUCCUGCAGACGCAACUGCAGAAGUGCGAGAUUCUGCAGGCCGAUGCACGCUGCAAGGACUACCUGGUGCAGAUCUUCCAGGAGCUCACGCUGCACAAGCCCACGCAGUCCGUGCCCUGCCGAGCGCCCAAGGUGGGCCGCCUCAUCUACACAGCGGGCGGCUACUUCCGACAGUCGCUCAGCUAUCUAGAGGCUUACAACCCUAGUGACGGCUCCUGGCUGCGCCUGGCCGACCUGCAGGUGCCACGCAGCGGACUGGCGGGCUGCGUGGUGGGCGGGUUGUUCUACGCUGUGGGUGGCCGCAACAAUUCGCCCGAUGGCAACACCGACUCCAACGCCCUGGACUGCUACAAUCCCAUGACCAACCAGUGGUCUCCCUGUGCCUCUAUGAGCGUGCCGCGGAACCGAAUCGGGGUAGGGGUCAUAGAUGGCCACAUCUACGCAGUCGGGGGUUCCCACGGCUGCAUCCAUCACAGCAGCGUGGAGAGAUAUGAGCCAGAUCGGGAUGAGUGGCACCUAGUGGCACCAAUGUUGACUCGGAGGAUUGGCGUGGGCGUGGCAGUACUGAACCGCUUGCUGUAUGCAGUGGGGGGCUUCGAUGGGACUAACCGACUUAACUCAGCAGAGUGUUACUAUCCAGAAAGGAAUGAGUGGCGGAUGAUUACGCCAAUGAAUACCAUCCGAAGUGGGGCUGGGGUCUGUGUGCUAUACAACUGUAUCUAUGCAGCAGGGGGCUACGAUGGGCAGGACCAGCUCAACAGUGUGGAGCGCUAUGACGUGGAGACAGAGGCCUGGACUUUUGUAGCCCCCAUGAAGCAUCGCCGGAGUGCACUUGGGAUUACUGUGCACCAGGGCAGGAUCUAUGUCCUUGGAGGCUAUGAUGGCCACACCUUUCUGGACAGUGUGGAAUGCUAUGACCCAGACACAGACACCUGGAGUGAGGUGACCUGUAUGACAUCUGGCCGUAGUGGAGUGGGUGUUGCUGUCACCAUGGAACCCUGUCGGAAGCAAAUUGAUCAACAGAAUUGUACCUGCUGAAUGAAGCACUUGGGUUUCCUGAAGCACUGACAAGUAAGAAAAAUGUCUAUCCAGACCACUGCUGUCUUUGUGCAAAAGGAAAGAGGAGAAAGAAGGAAAGGAAAGGAAAGGAAAAGAAAGGAGAAAAAAGAAAGAAGAAAUAAAGCAAGCAAGCAAACAAACAAACCCACCAACAGAAAUCACAGGGACAGAAGAGGCAGCAGAAGAAAGCAUCCUCUCCAGGAAGGGUGGCUGGGAUGCCUUGUAAAUGACAUUGUGGAAGACCAGAACUAAAACCCAUGUGCCCAUCUGUCAAAGCCCCUGGAGCAUCCAAGACAGCCUGCCUGGGCGGUAUGGGAGGGGCACCCUCACAAAUGAGAGGCCCGUCUACCCUCUGGCUGCAGAUGAGGCCACCAGCACCCACAUCCCCUUUCAAGUGGGGACAGGUAAAGCAGGGGUCACAGGUAUUUUCUUUGGUCUCUGCAACUUGGUGAUCGAUUCUAGGGGAAGAAGGGGCCACGUGAGGCCAAAGGGCUGAGGCUCCCUCAGGAGCUGUGAUCCCCAGGAACAAGCCUGCACAGAGAGCACUGGCCUCUAAGCCCUGGAUAGUUAUUUUGUUAAGCAACCCUUUAACUUUCCCAUGGAAAUUAAAAACACAUUAAGCAGUGUCUUGCACACAGGUCCUCAGAGAGCAUUUGGGAUCCCUCAGGGAUAGACAGCUCUUCUAUUGAAAUACACUCAGAUCUUGUUUGGGGCUGGUAUUUGAAACCUGUCUGUCUUCUCUGCUUACCAUUGUGCACUCUGCAGGCUCAUGGGCCACACAGUCGUCCUGUCAGUUUUAGGUGCAUUAGAAGCCAAUGACCUAAUUCCUGUGCCACUUUUCCUGGGGCCUCCUGUGUUUUCCUUGAUUUUGAGACAGGGUCUCAUGUAGCCCAGGAUGGCCUUCUGUUGAAACCCUGAAUUCCUGAUCCUCCCUCCUGCCUCAGCCUCCUGAGUGUAUAGCACCAACUGGUUCCUGCUUGUCCUUUUUGUACCCAAGCAGCAAAAUAAAGAUUUCUGGGACCUUGA